UGAGCUUGACAAUUCAAAUUUGCUCUGGCAUGGCAGGUUUUUCCCGAUCUUUGGUUAUAAGAAAUGAAUUGGGUGAAAGGAAGGAAGUGGAGGUGAGAUGCACCCAGUUCGUCUCUUACGUGUCACCAGUCUUACUGGAUCAGCACCACGCGCCGCCCUGUCCUCUUCAACCUCCUCCUCCUCCUCCCCUAAUCGUCAAGAGAAGCUCUCCGUCGGGCCAGCGGCUCGAAUCCAUAAACUGAUUGCAUCACAGUCGGACCCCCUGCUGCUCGCCAAAGAAAUCUGUGAAUUGGCAUCACGCCACCCUGAUGACUUCCACCGCUCUUAUGCUUCAUUCCACUCCCUCAUCAUCAAACUCGGCCCUUCUCGAAAUGCUGCCGGACUUCCCGAAAUCGCCCUCAAAACCUUUUACACGAUCUUGGAGUUCAACUUGAAACCUCGUCCGCAACACCUAAACCAAAUCCUCCACAUCCUCGUUGCCCACCCUCGUUUUAUUCGUCCCGCAUUUGACCUCUUUAAAUCUGCUCACCAGUAUGGGGUCUUGCCCAACACGACAUCUUAUAACAUCCUCAUGAGAGCCUUUUGCUUAAAUAACGAUUUAAGCAUUGCCUACUCACUGUUCGGUAAAAUGCUCACGAGGGACGUUUUGCCUGACGUAGAGUCAUACCGAAUCCUGAUCCAAGGGUUAUGCAGGAAGAGCCAAGUGAACAAAGCCGUUGCUUUGCUGGAGGAUAUGCUCAACAAAGGGUUCAGUCCCGAUGCUUUUAUUUACACCACCUUGUUGAACAGUUUGUGUCGAAAGAAACAGCUCAGAGAGGCUUUCAAGUUACUCUGCAGAAUGAAGGUGAGAGGCUGCAACCCCGACCUGGUUCAUUAUAACACUGUCAUUUUGGGGUUCUGUCGACAAGAUCGUGCCCUUGAUGCUUGCAAGGUACUCGAGCAAAUGGCUGCAAAUGGAUGCCUACCCAAUUUGGUGUCUUAUAGAAUCUUGGUUCAAGGGUUAUGUAAUCAAGGAAUGUACGAUGAGGCUAAAGUUUAUGUAGAGGAGAUGGUUUCAAAAGGAUUUCUUCUGCACUUUUCAGUGGUGCAUACAUUGGUAAUGGGAUUUGUUAGCCUUGGUAAGAUUGAAGAAGCAUGCGAGGCGGUGGAGGUGUUGUUGAAACACCGAAACACUCUGCAUAUUGAUACGUGGGAUGGAAUCAUAGGUCAGAUUUGUGAGGAGGAUCCUCUAGGUUUGGGAGAUUUAUUAAAAGAAAUUAGUAAGGUAGAGAUAAAGCCGGACUCAAGAAUAGUGGAUAUAGGUGCUGGUUUUGGAGAUUUUAUAAUCAAUAAAAUUAAAGGCAGUACAAGAGUGGUUUGAUUCCCUCUUUACACAACCAUUGGCCCAUCGCCUAAUUGAGGACAUCACCUCCCGUAGCCUAAGAUGGUGCACGUUUCCUACUGCCGGAACCAUGGAAAGACAUUCAAAAAGCCACGUCACCCAUAUGAGAAGGAGCGUUUGGAUUCUGAGUUGAAGCUUGUGGGUGAGUAUGGUCUCAGGUGCAAGCGGGAGCUGUGGAGAGUCCAGUAUGCUUUGAAAAUUGAGCCGUAUCAGGAAUAAUGCACGGAAGCUUCUUACCCUUGAUGAGAAGGACCCAAAGCAUAUUUUUCAGGGUGAUGCACUUCUAAAGAGGAUGAAUCAGUAUGGUUUGUUGGAUGAGAGCCAAAACAAGCUUCAUUAUGUGCUUUCCCUCACAGUUGAGAAUUUCCUUGAGCACCGUCUACAGACUUUGGUUUUCAAGGCUGCCAUGGCCAAGUCAAUCCAUCAUACAAGAGUUGUCAUUAGGCAGAAGCACAUCUGAGUUGGAAGGCAGGUGGUCAAUGUUCCAUCCUUUAUGGUCAGGGUGGACUCAUAGAAACACAUUGGUUUCUCACUGUCUAGUCCCUUUGGUGGUGGUUGUCCAGGAAGAGAGAACAGAAAGAACCAGAAGGCAACUGCGAAUAAGAUGAGGAAUGAACAUUUCUUAAAUGAAUCUAGAAGCAUAGGUUUAUGUGCUUGGUUUUUCUUUUGUGUUGUUUACCUCAUUUCGAAUGUUACCUGCCACCUUUGAUACCAUUUUCUUAAAAUGAUUUUGAAUACUAUGUGUUUUGUUUUGUAGUAUUUAUAUUUAAUUUUCCUGUUGAAUAAAAAAAGUGAUGGCCAUACGCUGAAGCAAGGGCGGAUUACAGGCUUAUUUUCAUCUGUGCAGCUUUAAAAAUUGAAUCAGAAAAAUCCUCACUCAUUGUUACUGUCCUGAGGAAUGUCCGUUUCUA